GGAAAGGGGGAAUAAAGAUUGGAAAUGCACCCAUGCCCUUGUUGGUUACAGCUUUUUCCGUACACACCUGCUGCAUUGCUGUUUUAAUACCAAGCCAUUCGUCACCUGCUUGAAUCCAAAUGGAAAAGUAUGAGAUCCUUGGGCUGGUGGGAGAAGGAAGCUACGGAAUGGUGAUGAAAUGCCGGAACAAGGAAAACGGCAGAGUAGUUGCCGUCAAGAAGUUUCUGGAAAGCGAAGAUGACAAAAUGGUUAAAAAAAUCGCCAUGAGAGAAAUCAAGCUUCUCAAGCAAUUAAGGCACGAGAAUUUGGUGAACCUGCUGGAAGUCUGUAAGAAGAAGAAACGAUGGUAUCUGGUAUUUGAAUUCGUGGACCACACAGUCCUUGAUGAUCUUGAGAUGUUUCCAAAUGGCCUGGAUUACAAUAGAGUUCGGAAAUAUUUAUUUCAGAUCAUAAAAGGGAUAGGAUUUUGCCACGGUCAUAAUAUCAUACACCGAGAUAUUAAACCUGAGAAUAUACUGGUCUCCUAUUCUGGAAUUAUCAAACUCUGCGAUUUUGGAUUUGCUCGAACCCUGGCAGCCCCUGGCGAAGCUUACACAGAUUACGUGGCGACGCGAUGGUAUCGGGCUCCUGAGCUGCUUGUUGGAGAUAUCAAAUAUGGCAAGGCUGUUGAUGUGUGGGCCAUUGGCUGCCUGGUAACAGAAAUGCUUACUGGAGAGCCUCUUUUCCCUGGAGACUCUGAUAUCGACCAGUUGUACCAUAUUAUGAAAUGUUUGGGUAACUUAAUCCCAAGGCACCAAGAGUUGUUCUACAAAAACCCUCUUUUUGCUGGAGUGCGGUUGCCUGAAGUCAAGGAACUCGAACCUCUUGAAAAACGAUAUCCCAAACUCUCUGUUGCCGUCAUAGAAUUUGCUAAGCAAUGUCUGCAGACUGACCCGGACAAGAGACCAUCCUGUACUGAGCUUCUACAAUGUGAUCUCUUCAGCAAAGAUUCCUUCACUGAAAGGUUCGCUCAGGAACUCAAAGCAAAGAUCCAGAAAGAAAGAGACCACCCUUUGCCCAAGAAAUCGAAAAUAAGCAGGAAAGACAAAGAUGAUUCCGGUGAUGAAAAGAAAACGCUUGUUAUCCAGGACUUGGGCGUGGAAUCCAAGCUGAAAGACUCCAAGUUGUUCAGAAUGAAGUUGUCCAAGGUUGACCCCGAGAAAUUGGACAGAUCUUCAAAUGCGAGUUUCCUGUAUGAGAGUGGAGCUGGGCAGGUCAAGGCAAUUCCUUCGACAACUUUGAAAGAUUCCAGUAGCAGCCUGGAUUACGUGAAAAAUCCCGGCACGGUGAUCCCUCCCAUUACACAGAAUUAUUCCACCAUAUCCUCCAGCAUCGGUGGAAACCCUGGCUUGGGGCCAAAACUGGGAAUGCAUAAUUACAGGAUUGACGAGAAGUCUAAAAGAUACCUCAACCCUUUCCUAAAGCAAGGGAAAAAAUCACCAGUCGGACACUAUAGCAUCAACUUGACAGCACCGGUCUCGAAUGAAAACAACGUGCUUCAGACAAACAAGAAAAGAUGGGGGUUUUCCAAAACAGACCUACGUUUGCCAGACCUUAACUACGGCUAUCUCCCUGAACUCAAAGGUGUGGAUGCUCGGAAUUCCAGAUUUCUGAAGAAAGAAAACAAAAUUGUCUCCGAGUCUCGCAUGCCGUCUCUCGCCACGAUAGAUCUUCAGAACCCGAGCCUCGCCCUGCACCAGGUAUCUGGAAUAUCUCUGCAAGACGCUUCAGAAGCCACUUUCCCCAGAGUAGAGCAUUAACGUCAAGUGAGACGGAAGGGUCUCGAUCCUGCUUCUACACCCCUGUUGCCUUUUGGGAAGUGCAGAAUCCCUUUGAGGAGGAUAUACAUGGGAGCAGGUGUGGGGACCUGUGUUUUCACCACAGGUAAUGGCAGCAAGAGGAAACAAACAUUCUCAGUUUCUUUAAAGUUGCCAAGGUGCU